AUGUCACGGUUGGAUAAAAUUUUAUCUUACGUCAGUGAGAUUGAACUACGGUCAAAUAAAUUAUCAAAUUUAACAUCAGAAUCAAACCAAUUAAUAGAUCAAAUAUCACACAUAAAUGAAUCAGUAGCAAAAUUCGAUCAAGAUAUAGAUGAUAUAAAUGGAUUAAUCAAUAGUAAUCAAUCGUCCAUAACUCAAUUUAAUAAUUUGUAUGAGAAAUCUUUUUACCUUGAAAAUAAUUUGGUUUAUAACGAUGCCAUAACUAAUCAAACUAGUUUUGAGAAAUUAACUCAGGAGUAUUUAUAUAUAUUAGGCGAAUUAAAGACAAAUGAUAGGUUUAUGCAAAGUAAUGGUAAAAAUUCAAUCGUUGAAGAAUCAUCAAUAAUAUCUCAUCAAGAUCAAGAAUUUAGUAAUUCAUCAACACCCACCCCUACACCUCCAAAUCUCAAGCAAAUGAUUUCAAUAUCCAAUCUUAAGUUGAAACCAAUGAGAUGCACAUCAUCAGAAAGCAAGCAAAUUGCUAAAAAGAAAUCAAGAUAUCGUUUGUCUAGUAUUUAUAACAUUAAUCCAAUUGCAUAUGAAGAUUCCACCAUUUCAUCUGAAGACAAUGAUUUUGACGAUUCAACUAACAUGAUCAAUAGUGUUUCCAACUCAUAUGAAACCCUCAAUUCCAUUCAUCAUGAUAAUGAUAUUUUGGAUACUAAAAACAAUAUGAUUUGUACACCACCACGAGCUCAAAAAGGAAGAUCAAAUUCUGUACCAACUACAAAAUCAAACAUGUCAUUAACUGAGUCUGAUAUUUUUAAAGAUUUAGAUUGUGAAAAUGAAAUGUUACAAUUCAAUAGAUUAAAACAUUUUGUUAGUUUUAAUCAUUUACCUCACGAUGAUGAAGAUUUGUUUUUUAAUGAGUUCAUGAAAUCACCUACCCCAAACUGUGAAGAUAAUUUUGACAUGACUUCUGUUAUCUCAGAUAUUUCGCAUUAUUCGCCUGAUAAUGGUAAUCAAGAAGUGCCUUCAGAGUCUUUUUGUUUUGACAAUUUUGAUCAGUUUUUAAGAAAUUCAAAAACAGAUUUAAAUAAGGAUAUUGAACGGGCAUUUCCACAUUUAAUACGACCGAAAGAACAAGAACAAGAACCUAGGUAUAAGUUUCAAAAUCCUGUACAAAUGAGCACUUCUCAUAUAGCAACACCGAUAUUAGAUUCAACAUAUCAUACCACGAUGUCAUCAAGUCCUAGAAAAUCGGCAUCAAGUUUAUUGAUUUCAUUUGUAGAUAAAUCGAAUCCACCAGCAUUACAACCAUCAUUUACAGAUACUUUAUUCAGCCUAGUUUCAAAACCAUCUCCAGUAUCGACUAAACCAACAACUCCGCAAAAGAUUAAAGAAUUGAAAAAACAGAAACGGUUUAAAACCAAUCCAAUACUGAUACCCAAUGAAAUACAGAAAAAACGAAUACCACCGCAACCAAUGUCAAUAACAAUACCUAAAGUAAAUGAAUUUUAUGUAAAUCAUCAUUCAUCGGUUUUUAAAAAUCCAAUAGUGAGAUCAUACAACAAAGACGCCUUGAGAGAAGCAUUAGCUAACAGUUUACUAGAUUAG